AUGCCAGGUUACUACACGCAUAGUGCCUUGCGAGAACAGCUUGGCGCUGAUGUGGAUAAGAAGAGAUUCCGGGAGAUCAAGGAUCUCUUAAAAAGCUGUUUCGAAGAGCAUUUGGAAGACCUGGAGCCGAUAGCGCUACAUAUGUCCCCGAACAAAGAGAAGGUGGAAAAUGCGAUCCACGCAGCAUUCCAGAUGAUAUCCGAGUUCAGCGAGCUGAACGACGAAGGCCAGAAGCGAAUCAAACUCACUCUGAGACUCUAUUCGACAUACGUCGGCAGGAGAUUGAAGCCAAGGGGCGCGGAAGAGAGUACAGAGGAGAUGCGCGGGGAGUCCAAGACUGCGAGAAAGGAAAAUAUUGGCCGAAGAGAGAAUAUAGCGGAGGAGAUGGGAAGGAAGAUAGCGACCAGCCAGAAGGCUGCCCUGGAGAAGAUGGGAGGGAAGACAGCCAUCAGCCAGAAGGAGGCUACACCGAAGGAGAUGGGAAAGAGGAAGACCCGCAAGACAAAAGGAAGCCAAGAUGAGAAUGGACCCUUGGGUACGGCGGUAAAUGCGACAAACGACAACUCUGACGACAAACUUGCAGCAGAGAACGAAACGGCGGAUCCAAACCCGAGAGAAUCGGAUUCCAUCCACUUGCUGUCCGCAGCAGAAAAAGAAACGGCAGAUCCAAGCCCAAGAGAAUCGGAUUCCAGCCACCUUCUGCUUGCAGUGGAGAACGAAACGACAGAUCCAAGCCUAAAAAAAUCGGACUCUAGCCACUUUCUGCCCGAAGAUACGUCUUCGGUAGCACAGCCUGGCCCUCUCUCUACACAAAUGAUGCGCCGGGAAUUGAUCAAGGGCAGGAAGUCACAAUUUCCCACCCUCAGUUUGAAGAGAAUCAAGCUCGACACGGCUGAUUCGUCAGAAAACAGGACAUCGCAGUCAGUCAUGGAUGAUUCACCAACGAAGAUGAUAUCGCAGCUAGUCAUGGAUGAUACGAAGAAGCAAGUGAUGGGAGGAUCUCGCUCGGCGCUCGGUGCUAAAUCAACGAAUACACGCUUGGGAUCGAGGGAGGGCUUGAUAUUCGCACAGCGUUUUAGCCGGGCUGCAGAUGAAAAGAGGGAUCGCUAA